UUCUGGUGUAGACACAUCCUCAUCCAGCUGAGGAACUUUGAGAAAGGCUCAUCUCAAGACAAUGAUAGAGAAAAUUAGUACAACGGAUUUAUAUGGUGAAAAAGACUCUUUUCAUGACAAUGAGGAUGACACGUUCUAUGACAACCUUGUUAAGCUGAGAAAGUCUCUUAACAUCAUGUCUGUCAUUGGGUACUGCCUGGCCUUCAUCCUUGGUGUGCUCGGGAAUGGAGUGGUUAUCUGGGUGACCGGGUUCAAGAUGAAGAAAACAGUUAACACAGUUUGGUUCCUCAACCUUGCUGUGGCCGACUUCCUCUUAACAGCAUGCCUGCCCCUGACUGUGACUUACUUAGCCAUGGAUUUCCACUGGCCUUUUGGCCACUUAAUGUGCAAACUUCAUACCACCAUAACCUUUCUGAACAUGUUUGCCAGUGUCUACAUCCUGGUGGUGAUCAGUGUGGACAGAUGUGUGUCUGUGGUGUGGCCUGUCUGGGCCCAGAACCACAGAAAUGUACGCAAGGCGUCUUAUGUGAGUCUAGGUGUUUGGGUACUGGCUCUGAUUCUCAGCACUCCAUAUUUUGUCUUCAGGAACACUACACCAUCAUAUUUUAAUGCGGGCAUCGUCAACUGCCUCAACAAUUUUUCUCUUUCUGUUGAUUAUAAAACAGCAUCUUUGAUUGAGCUGAAACAGUUACGUCUUCAGUUCAUGACCAUGACCUACUUCCUCCUGGGAUUUGUUGUCCCCUUCACUGUCAUUGUCUCCUGUUACGCUGUGAUAAUCCAUCGUCUCAGGAGGAACCGCACCCUGUCCAGCAAGUCAAGUCGCCCCUUAAAGAUCAUCGCUGCCGUUAUCACCACUUUUUUCCUGUGCUGGGCUCCUUUUCACAUCAUGCGUCUAUUAGAGUUGGUUCAUUUCACAAGUACUAAUCGAAGUGAAACAUUAGGAUAUGUCCUCUCUAUUGGUGCCCCUAUAGCCACCAGCCUGAUCUUUCUCAACAGUUGCAUGAACCCACUGCUGUAUGUGUUCAUGGGCCAAGAUUUUAAGGAUAAAGCCCGCAAAUCCAUCCUGAAUGUAUUGAAGACUGCCUUCCAGGAAGAGGAAUGAUGCUCUUAUA